AUGCAGCAGACCCUCUCGUACUCAUCAUCAUCAUCAACGCCAUCGCCAUCCCCCGAUGCCCCUCCGAUGCCCACGCCACAACAAGGAGAAGCACCACCACCGAAUCCCAAGCCGACACCCAAUCUGAUCCCAACUCCCCAGCCAAGUCCCCGUGCCCGUCCCCGAUCCACUGGCAGCGGCCGCCUCCAGCCGGCUGUGAUCCCGGUGGACUAUAGCUAUCGCACCCGCUCCCUGCUCUCCGGCCACUCGAUGGCCCCCUCCACGUUCGCCUCCAGCCUCCAGAGCUUCGGGGUCCGCCAGCCGGAGUCCGAGGCGGAUGGCGGCCAGGCGUACAGCAGCCUGUUCGGUGACCCGGUACCGCCACCAUCGUCUCACCUCCACUCCGAUGACUACUUUGGCUCGGCGGCCUUUGAGACGCUGCGUAUGGGUUCGGUGGAGGUGCCCAGUUCCGAGGAGGAUGCCCUGGUGGCGGCCAUGGCGCUGAAUGCCUUGAUUCCUGGGGCCAGAGAGCGCAUCUUUCCGAGUGUUCCCUACACGAGGACACCAAGGGGAUCCCUGCUGCCGCAUCUACAGCCGCCGGAUAUCCAGAUCCUGCCCAACUCCAGCGGUGGCUCUAGUUCCGAGCAGCUGGGCUCGCCUAAUUACCUGCUCCUGGCCCCCGAUGACAUCCUCAACAAGCCGGACAUGUACGAUCUGGAGAAUGACAUCGAGGAGGAGUACAGCGUGGUGGGUCAAAGGCUGUCCUUCCAGGAUGAGCGGGAUGGAGAGGAGUCGGCCAGGAGUCCCAGUCGGCAGGAGACUACAGCCAAGAUGAGCAUCUCCAGCAUUGCUACAGAGGAUCACAGGGGCCUGCUUAGUGACUCCUACUCCAGCCGGGAUUGGUUCCGUCCAGCGCCACAGCACUUUCCCGAGUUCACACGCAUUCCCCGACUGCGACCCAGCUCCAAGAUGAUCAUGUCCAUGAAGCAGGACGAGGGCCCGCUCUCACCUCUGGCCACCAUGAUCCAGGACAUGAAUAGCUCCAGCAGUGGAGGUGAAGAGCGUGUGGCGGCGCCUCCUUCUCCCAAGGAGAAGGUUUCCGUCCCCAAGGACGUAGUCCUGUCGCCUUUGCAAUAUUUGGAAGAGCAGAUGGGCCGGGACAUGGGCCAGUGUCACAGGCAAUUCCUGGGGGAUUAUGGCCUGCCUCCACCGCCAGCUGCUCCGCCUCCUCAUUGCCACAGGACAACGCAGGAUCAGGGCGAUGAUCACAGCUUGAAGAGAUCUAUGUCGCCCAUCAUCAUUAGGGAUUCCAUACCCAUGGGAGGGGAAUACAGAGUGGACCAACCGCGGACCCACAAGAAGACUGCUUUCACCAUCCUCUCCUCGGGUCAGCCAGCGGCGACGGCGACUCAAAGACCUGCUGCUGCCACCCGGCGACACGCCUCCAUCCAGUCGACAUCGACGACGACUACCUCAUCGCCAGCGGUGGCGGCGGCCAGGCCGCAGGCCAGUCCUCGCCGGAGAUCGGUCUUUCCAGCCGCAGAUCCUCGCCUGCCCGAGCUGGGCUUCCAUCACCACCACCACCAGCUGCAGCAGACCACGGAUGACUCCCCACGACCCUCGGUGCAGUUCAAUAUGAGCGGCCGGCUCAGCAGGAGCAAGCUGGCCACGCCCCAGAAGGGGAUCCUGCAGCAGCGCGACUCGCUGACCUCCUCCAUGGACACCUUCACGCCGCGAAACCAAAGCAGGCGAGGAUCCACCACCAGCCUGGGCCAGAAGAUCAAGAGCUUGGAGGCGCUGCCGCAGAUCAUGGAUCCCUAUCGUAGCAGCUCCAUUCCCCGCCUGCACUAUGGCUCCCACAUGGAGCUGGGUGGCCCGGAGCCGGCUGUCUUUCCGCCUGGAGCACUGCCGCGUCCCCUGAAGCCAAAUCUGAAUCCCACGCGAAGGCAACGCGGCCUGCUGAGGAUCAUCAACAAGGAGGAGCCGCUGGGAUCGCGCCUGCGACUGCCGGUGGCGCCUCGCUCCAACUGGGUCAGCCUGGAUGACCUGAGUAGACCAUCCUUCGAUGCUGGGAGCAGUCAGGUUAAGAAUCAGGGUAUUCAGGGGCGACGUCGCUCUAGUUCCACCUCCCCUGAACGUCGAAGUUCCACUCAAACCGCCUCGGAUCGCAGGAGCUCCAACCUGAGCAGCGUCACUGCCACCACCUCGGACUUUAGCUUCCGCAGGCCCACGCUCUCCACACUGCCAGCUGCCCAGACUCUGUCCCGGAUGCGUCGCAAGUCGGUGCAGGCGCCGAGUCCCAAUAGGAUUCCCAACAGGAUUCCCAGCUUCAGUCAGCGAAGGCAGUCCAUCUACCAGAAGGAUCACGGUAAGGUGGCCAAGCCCAGCACGCUGUCGCCCAUCAUAGGGACUCCCAACAAGGACAGCAGCUCGGCGCAAAGUCCCACGCACAGAGCCUCGCUGAUGGGCAGCACCAUGGACACCCAAUCUGAGGUGUCGACGACGCGUAGGGAUUCGCUUUCAAGGAUUCCCGUGCGCAAGAGCCCCGAGUCCCGCUCCAGUUCGCCACUCAAGGACUUGGGGAUUACGGUCUCGGGGAGAAGCUCCCGAGCCAGCAUCGGUCGGUCACCCUCGAGAGGAUUGAGCAGUAGAUCCCCCUCGAGAUCCAUGAAUCCUAGCAGGACGCCGUCGCGGGAGAGCGGAAGACUAGGACUAGAUUCUCGCUCCGCGUCCAGGGGGCCCGCAUCCAGGCCUGGCUCCCGUUUGGAGAUGUCCAGCUCUCGCUUGGAGAUGGCCAACUCCCGCCAGGAUAUAUCCAAUUCGCGGGGCAACUCGCGAGGCAACUCGCGAGCCAACUCCCGAAUGAGUAUCAACUCCUCGUCGCUGCGAUCCUCCAGCAUUUCGCCCGCCACUGCCAUGGCCAGGAACAGGAGCCUGCGAUCCACUACUCCAGGUCGUCGGAAGUCCAUCUCCCUGAGUCCCACGAGUGCUAGCAGGAUGGAUCGCCGGAAGUCUAUAAGUCCAGGGGCCUUGAGCCACUCUCGAAGGUCUUCCAGUCGCACUGGCAAGGCGGAGCCCCCGCCCGAGAUUCUUUCUCGGCGAAACUCUCGUUCUCGCAUUCCCACCAGAUCAUCGUCCCAGGUCAAGGCUGCGUCCAAGUCCCCGCCGGCUUCGUCCAAGAAGAGAUCGAAAUCGCCGGAGAAAACCAAGUCACAGGCCACGACGCCUAGGACUGGUAGAGCGGCGAUGGCUUCGGCCUCCAAAGGAAGCCCCAAGCCGAAGCCCAAGAUCCCUGCAAGUGCCAAACCCAAGAACCAGAAAGAGUCCUCAGCAAAGACACCCGCGAAGCCGGCUAAGAAGGCUGGGCCACCAGGCAAGGCAGCAGCAAAUGGAAAGAAGCCUCCUCCCAGCAAGGCUAUUCCCAUGAAGGACGCCAAAACGGAGAAGGGAAAGGAGAAGGAGAAGGGCAAACAAGCAGUCAAAACCAAUGGCAAGGAACCCUCAGCUGCUGCCAAAACCAAGACCCAAGUGAGCAAGGUCAAGCCGGGAGGAGUAGCCUCACAGGAGAGCAAGAAACCCGCUGCCAGCAAAGCCCAUGGUAUUUCUCUGGAAAAGGGAGCAGGAAAUGGUUCCAAUGCCCCAGGGGAGAUACCUCCUUUGGCCGCCCAGGUGGGCAAUGCGGUGCUCCAGGCGGUGGAAGCUGUGCCGGCGGUUACCAGUGAGGUGAAUGUACCCUCUACGCCAGGUGGCAAGGCAGCUAGCGGAGCCAACAUGUCCAAACUGGUGAGGAUGAGCUCUAGACUGAGUCUGCUGAGCAACAAGAACCGAUCGGAUUCGCCGCAGAGCAGGAAGGUGGCCACUGUGCCGGAACAUGCCAACGAAAGCGAAGAAACCGGAGGACACAGUUCCCUACCCAUGUCCAAUGAUGCUGCUGCCAUUCUGGAGAAGUCUCAAAAGACUCUGGAGACCAUUCAGAAGACCGUAACCGAGGCCACCGACGAGAUCCACAAGACCAUCAGCGAAAAUCUCACCGAUUUGAAGAGCCUGGAGAAUGACCGCCUGAACGCUGAUCCCUCACCCACGCCCAGCUCGGCCACCAUGGUGGCCAGGCCGGGUGAGUCCGCUUCCCGAACAGGCACUGCCGAUGGUAGUAUUGCCCCGCAGAGCUCGGGGGAACAGCCCAAGUCGCCGUUUCCGCCCACGCAGCCCAUCGAGGCAUCGGUUUCGGUGCUCCAUCCCAACGAGAGCUCUGCGGAGCGGAUAGCCAGUGUCCCGGAGGUGGAGUGCGAGAGUUCGGAUAUUCCUGCUCCAUUAGAUGCCUCUGAAUCGGAAUUGGGUGUGGGCCAUGAUGUGAUGCCCACGCCCGAGAGUGGAGCGGACUUCAAGGUGGACGCCAAGCGUCGAUCGCCGGACGGACAGGGUGGAUCAGCGGCGGGAAGCGGUGGCAUGGCCAAAAGCAGCAGUCAGGAGUUCCUUGAGGAAAAGGACAACAACAAUGUCAAGAAGCGUGGAGGCCUCUGUGGUUGCUGCUCCACGCUCUUCAUGCCCUGUCGCCGAUCCCGCUGCUCCCGUUGCUGCAUGCGGAAACGCGACCGGAAUCAGUCCGCCGAGAACCAACCCGUCCUGUGGAGCGGCAACAGCAGUGCCACCACAGCCACCAAUGUCCAAGUGAUUGACGAGACCAAGCCCAAGGGGAAGAAGCGAGUCACUGACUGGCUCAAAUCCAGCUGCUGUCGGAGCUGUCGCAAGAAGCCAGUAACCAGUGGAGAGGAGGAGCCUGAGGCAAAGGCCAAGAAACAGAAACAGGAGACCAACAUGAGUAGCAGCCACACAAUGGGACCAAAGCCACGCAGCAAGUGCGGCCUCUGCCUGAGCAAGGUGUUCUGCUGUCGGUCGGUGAACAAGGUGGAUCCCACCACCGGCGAUGAGACGGAACUGAACAAGUGCUGCUUCUGCAUUCCGUGCCGACGCGGUGGCAGUAGACCCAACAAGAAGGGCAGCACCGUGUCCUGGCGCGAUCAGGACCCAGAGAUGGGCAUAAAGCCCACGGAGUCCUCGGUGGUGGAAGGCGCCUCCGAGGCGGCCAUGUCAGCAGCCACAACUGCAAUGGAUAACCAGGCUAAGGAGGGCUGCUGCAAGCGAUUCUGGCUGAUGCUACUGUGCUGUCGCAAGAAGAAGCGUCGCGAGUCGAAUGCUCGCAGGCAAAGCAUCAAGGCGCCACCACCCAGCGAGGACACCCGUAAGAAGCUGCACAAUGACCUGGUGGAGUACACAUCCAAGAUGAAGGGAGCCAUUCCAGUGCUGCCGCUGUAUUUGGCCUGGUUCUGUGCCUUUUGCAAUGUGGUUUUUCCAGGUUUAGGCACCUUGCUCUCGGGACUCUUUUGCCUGUGUGUGGGCAUUCCUCGCUUCUCCCAGUUCGACAGCGCCCGUGCCAGGAUUGGCUCCUUCAUCAUCAACAUCAUUGUGGCCGUUUCCCAGUUCUUCUGCGUCCUCUUCUGCUUUGUCGGCUGGGGCUGGUCCAUCUGGUGGGGCACCAUAAUGCUAAGAUGUGCCAGAAAACUGAGCAAAAUCAAAAAGGUGGAACGUUUGGAGCUGGAGGAGGAGCAGCGCCAAGCCAAGCUGGCGGAGGAGGCGAAGAACGGCGAUGCCGAGGCGGCCAAGACAUAG